AUGAGGGUACCCGAAAGGGAACAAAACGAUCAAAAAGGUCAGGCAUCGCAGGGCACCUCAGGCCCUGUCUAUGUUUGGACCUACACUGUGGUUCAGCCACAGCAUGGGUCCUCCCAACAACCAGCACAACAGCUGUCUCUCAUCCCACAGCAAAAUCCUCAACAGGGUGUGACACAGCAGUCCCAGCAGCUGUCAGUAAUUCAUCCACAGUCAGGUCAGCAGGGCACUUCCCAGGAACAAAUCACUGUUGUGCAUCAGCAGCCAGUACACCAGGGAGCAGGUCAGCAGAUAGCUGUUGUCCACCAGCCCACAGGACAACAAGCAGCCACCCAGCAGACACAACAGCUCUCUGUAAUUCACCCACAGACCUCCCAGCAAGCACCUGUGCAUACUUCCCACGUGGUCCCUCACCAACAGCAGGCAAGAAGGACCUCACAGGAGCAGCAGGCUCAGCAUGUCACCCUCAUCCAGCAACAGGCAGGCCUACCCCAAGCUCAACCACUCACCUUGGUCCACCAGCAACCCACAAGCCAGACCUCCCAACAGAUCAGUGUGGUGCAUCAGCCCCAGACGUCACAGCACCUCGGUAUAGUUCAUCAGCACCAGACUUCCCAGGCGGCAGCGAGCCUGGUGCACCAGCAGCCCAACCAGUCACAGGGUACACAGCACCAGAAUGAGUCUUCACAGUCACAACAGAUGGUUCAUCCUCAGAGCUCAGAGUUACACCCAAUCAUUGGACAGUGGUGAGGAAGAAGAAGCACAUUCAGUAUGCGUGAUCCUCUGAACAGUAAUGGAAGAGACCUUCUGUGGGCAGACUCUAAACACUACAGAGGUGGAUAUUUCCACUUUCUUCAUAUGGUAUUUUUUUUUUUUUUUUCCAUUUGAAGUGUGUUAUGUGAUUGAGCAUUCUAAAGUUGUGUUGUUUAAAAGUAUAACAAAAUAUGGUUAAAAAUCAUAUUAACAGUUGUCUCUUAUGAAAGCAUAUUUUAAUUUCUUUUAGAUGUUUUUUCCCAAAUCAUGAAACUGUUGUCUGUAAUCGAAAUAGAUA